UAGAAGGUCUGUCGAUUUUAUUUAUAUUAAAAGUUGUAUCGACUAGAAAAUCCGGUUUUAUUCGUUGCCAGUUGAUUUUUAAACGUCGACGAGUGUAGACUACAAAUAAUCUGAUAUAAAAAGAAAGAAUCAAUGAAUUCAUUGUUUUUUGUUAAAGUUAAAAUUGUUAAUUAGAGAAAUUAAUUUUUCCCUGGAACAAAUUCAACUUUUAUUUGCAACAACAGAAAUGUAAAAAAUAACUGUUCGUGAUUAAGAAUGUAGGAAAACUAGAAAACAAGUAUUGACUUUCAAAAGUUCAAUUAGAUAUGAAGUAAAAGGUCAAGAUCAUCUUUAGACGAACUCUAUUGAAUAACUAUCCAAAUAAACAUCGAACAUUUAUAAAACCAAAAGUCAUAAUUUCUCAAAUUUUAAAGAUUCCAACAUUUUUAGAAAAAAUUAAAGAAUUAAACGACUAUGUCAAGUCACGUUAGAAAAAUAAUUGCCAACAAGGAGACGAGAGAUUACUUCAUGAGCACCCACUUUUGGGGACCUGUUUUCAACUGGAUGAUUCCAAUUUCGACCAUUGGUGACAUUCAAAGGGAUCCAAAAUUCAUAAGUGGAAAGAUGACAUUAGCACUAUCUUGUUAUUCAAUGGCAUUCAUGAGGUUUUCCAUUAAAGUGAAACCUAGAAAUUUAUUACUUUUUUCAUGUCAUAUCGCUAAUUUUGGAGCUCAAUUAACUCAAGGAUAUCGAUUUCUAAAAUAUCAACGAACCUUGAAACAACAAAAAACAUUUGGGUGCUGAAUAUUCUUAACUUACAGUCAUCAAGGUUAAUCAACUUUAAGUGUCAUUAUAGUUGUUAUUCAUUAAAUAAGUGUUAAUCAAUUAAUCAAAGUCACAUCGAAUAAGAAAAUAGAAAUAAUUCUUCUUUUAAUGCUUCUUAUUCCGCAAUUUCUGACAAUUAUUUUUUUGAUUAAAAUAAAUUAUAAUUAAUUCUUAUUAGAUAAAAAGAAUUUCGAUCGAAUAAAGACU